AUGAAUUGUGUAAUUGAUGAACAUUUUCGUGCAAGUAAUUUAUAUUCACAAUUAUUAGAAAAUGUUUCGAGUUGGUAUGGGUGGAUGGAUAUUUUACAGGAGCCAGAACAUGUUAAACUUUCUGAAACAGUUGAAAUUCUUGUGCCAACACAAAUUUCUUCUCAUUUUUAUAUUCUUUUGACAGAAAUUUGUUCAGAAUUAAAUCAAAAUUCUCUUGGACAUUUAUUUACCAAAAAUGUUACUUUACACGUUUCUAAACAAAUUGGUAGGCUUUAA